CAACGGCCUUAGCUCCAUCGCCGCCGUUGUCGCACCAGAAGAAGCUCAGCCGCAGGAUCAGUAUCUUACACGUUACCCAGCCAGGAUGGUGCGUCAAUCCAACUCCGUGCAUGUCGUCUGCUUUGUGUCCCUUAUGCUUCUUGUCUUGUUGCAAGGGCUGUCGUCUGCUGCACCCAUUGACGACUUCACGGAUGAUGAUGAAGAAGCGAUUAAGCGGUCGAUGAUGUUAUCCAGGUUGAUGGCAGUGACCAACAGACUCAACUUCAACCGGCCGCUGCUUGGUGGAGCCGGACUCCCAGACCUCGCCCCGCCCGCACCUUUCGCUAACAACGAGGAAAAGAGAUUCAGGGCACCUUUACAGGGCCGAUCAGGUGGAAUGUCUCUCUGUCUAUGGAAGGUCUGUCCCGCUGCACCUUGGCUUGUGUCGAAAAAGAGCGUCGGAAAAUGAGCAUCACGUGCCCUACCCGAGACAUCGUCGUGCACCACGUAACAGUGGCGUGGCACAUCAUCCCUCAAUCACGGUUAAGAAUGGCAGAUUGGAGAAAUUGGACAACAGCUUAGCAUCAGGAAAAUACUAUCUGUCGUUUCGGUUGAUGUUUUGGACACUAUAUAAGAUACUAUUUUCCUAUCCUGUCACGGGACUUUGUGCGAGCUCAUCUCUCGCUCUGAUGGCCUUACAAAUAAAUCUCUGAUCCCCAUACUUCCUUCCUGGUCUCAACAUGCGUGCGUGCGUGCGUGUAUGCGUGAGCGGCUAUUUGGCUGGUAAGAAAUAAAGUGUGAUACAUAUUUUAA